GAAACCUGAAUAAUUUUUUUUUUAUAUAUUGAUAAGAAAUAAGAUACGUCUAAAUCCAACCCUUCAAGUAAUUUAUAAAAAGCAUUUGAAUGAAAAUGGAUAAUGAAUUUUUGGAUAUUUCAACCAGUCUCCGGCUGCAAAUUGGUUAUGGCAUUGGACAUAUCUUGAAUGAUGUAUGUGCGAGUUUAUGGUUUACAUAUUUUUUAGUAUUCUUCCAUCUUGUGCUUGAAUUCACUGCCGCUGAGGCUGGUUACUUAAUGUUAAUUGGUCAAAUCGUAGAUGCUUUAGCUACACCGUUUGUAGGAUACCAUUCUGACCACACCAAUAAUUUUAUAAGUGCAAGGUAUGGCAAAAGGAAACUUUGGCAUUUGUUCGGUACUGGGUGUGUGUUGCUGUCAUUCCCUUUUAUCUUCACGGAAUGCCUCGGCUGCAAUACAACACAUAAGUGGGCUCAAAUGUUUUACUUUGCCGCAUUUAUUGUAAUAUUUCAAAUUGGAUGGGCAGCAGUGCAAAUAUCUCAUCUCAGUCUUAUUCCUGAAUUAGCUGAUGAUCCUCAUGUCAGGACACAUCUAACUGCAAUAAGAUAUGGAUUCACUGUGUUUUCUAACAUAUUCGUCUACGUAAUGACAUGGAUGAUAUUACAUUUUACGGGAAAUUGUGAUAAGGAGCAAGUUGGACCAGCAGAUGCAUGGAAGUUUAGACGUAUAAUGCUCAUAGUUCUAAGUGUCGGUACAUUAGCAUCAGUCCUGUUUCACUUUGCAGUAACAGAAAAACAGUCGAGGAUUCUAAUACCUAAUGAUGAAAAUGAAAAUAGUACACUCCAUUCUGAUAUACUUCGAAAAUUUUUAUUGUAUCAAGUAGCAGGUAUAUACAUGAGUACAAGGCUUGUUGUCAACAUAGCACAAGUUCUAAUUCCUCUUUAUUUACAUCGGACUCUUGGACUAGCAGCUCGAGCCUUGGCUGUGGUGCCUCUAGUCAUUUAUCUUGGGAGCCUCGCUGCAGCUGGUGUUCAGAGGCUGGCUCCAAGAUCAUUCACGCGAAAACUAAGCUAUUUAUCAGGCUCUGCAUGUGCCCUGGCUGGUUUUAUAUGGAUUUAUCUUGACAGAGACGAAUAUUACAAAGUGAAUUAUAUUUACAUAGUUGCUGUGUUGAUAGGAUUUGGAGGAGCACAAAUGCUUGUUACAAGUCUGUCACUAACAGCUGAUCUUGUGGGUGAAAGUACACAGGCAUCAGCCUUUGUAUAUGGGAUAAUGAGUUUUGCUGAUAAGCUGUCUUGCGGGGCAGCCAUCGCUUUGAUACAAAUGUUUGCAGAUGAUGCUGGUAUAUAUUAUUAUCAAGACGCAUUAUCUUGGGUGUGCGGAGCAGCAACGAUACUGGGGCUUACACUGACUUUACUUUUACCAGACCAAACACACAACUCUCUUAAUUUCAGUGGUACUCAGGUGUCAAUAAAUGCAGAGACUGAUGAUGUAGCAACAUCUUCGUGAUAUAUUUAUUAGCAAAGAAUUUAUAUUUUAACUAAAUAGAUUUUAAAAUUUAAGUACAAUGUGAUAAUUUAAAUAAGAACACUGUACAUAU